AUGCCAGAGGAAGAAACAUUACAACAUGAGAUGGAGGCUGGGGUGGAAAUAGUAGAAGUCAUUUGUUUGUCUCAAUGUAAUAAAUACCAGUUGCUUGAGAGAGAUAAAGCAUCGCCAGCACCACAAAUUAUAGCAAGUGGCAGCAGAGCCACACCCGUUGCUUCACCAGCACCCAAUCAACAACAGGUGCAAGAAGUAACUAUGCAGUCAGCAGCACCACAAAUAAUGAGAGGCAGCAGAGAAGUACCUGUCAUUACAACACCACCCACGGUACGACAGGAGAGGCCCAGAAGGAUAAGGAAUCUGAAUCCUCGCCAAUCUACUGCCGAGCAAGUGAAUAUAGCUCGGGAGGAUUUCCUGGCAGUUGCAAGAUCUAAUUCAGAUUCAAUGAGGGUAUGCUAUAACAUUACAUCUACAUUCUGA